AACAGGCAAUGCCUUCAUCUGUUUUACAUAAAAGAUACACAGCCCUGGAGAGAGCCCAAAGGGUCCCUCCUGCUAUUCCUGUGCAACUUGAAAAAGUGAAGGAGUUUCAAGGGAGAGCAGGAGCAGGGGAAAGGAAAUAACCGUUUUCUUCUGGGAUUGAGCUGCUGCAAUUCGUGCGCUCCGAGCAGCAGCAGCACUCGGAGGUGAGUAGAAGGAAUAGGAGAAAUGAAUAGAAACAAGGAGAAAUACUUCCUUCCUGCCAUGGAUGCUUUAUUUUGUUAAGCUGAUCCAUCAUAUCUACUUGGAGUUUUAACUGAGAUGAGAUGGAGCAAUCCCCGGCAGUGCGCUCGGACUACUUGGUCUCAGGGAUUCGAACUCCACCAGUGAGGAGGAACAGCAAACUGGCAACACUGGGCAGGAUCUUCAAACCAUGGAAGUGGAGGAAAAAGAAAAAUGAGAAGCUGAAGCAGACAUCUGCAGUGCUGGAGAAGAAGAUGACAGCACGGCAAGGCCGGGAUGAGCUCAUUAAGAAAGGCCUUCUGGAGAUGAUGGAACAAGAUACCGAAGGCAAAGCCUGCACUGGUGAGGAUGCCACGAGGGUGACACAGGGUGACCCUCCAGCCCCCGUGUGCCAGGCACUGGCUCCAGAAGAGGACCAGCAAGAGAGUCCAACAGCAGCCACGACUGAUGUGACCUCCUUUGGUGAGGAACUGCAUCUGGAGGAGCUGAAAGAAGAUGCAGCCAAGAAACCUUCAGCACCCACGGAAGAAUCAGAAGAUGCCAGCCUGCCAGCAUCUGAAGACAGUCCACAAGCCUUACUUGUACCUGAAUCCACAGAUUCCCCCCAGAAACAGAUGGAAAGAAACCCAGCACAGCUUCCCAGCCCUCCAUUGCUCCCAGCUCCACCACCUAAGGCAAUCUCCAAAAUCACAAAGAGCAUCACAGCAGGAAGUGAAGGUGAUGACCCAGCCAUGAAAUCUCCUCCUUCCACCAUCCUGAAGAAUUAUGUCAUUGUCGGUUCCUCCCAAAUCUCAGGACAAGCUGCCCUCUUCCAUCCCUCUGGCCAGAAAGGUUCAGACCCCCAUGGCAGGGGACAGGUGACGACACCAACGGGUUCCCCCCACCUGGCUGCCGUCCACCUGCCUUUGCCUCCCAGCAGAGUCAUCGAGGAGCUGCACAGGGCUCUGGCCACCAAGCACCGCCAGGACAGCUUCCAUGGAAGAGAAAGCAAAGGCUCUCCAAAAAAAAGAGUGGAUGUGCGUCCAUCCAGAACAUCCAGCAUGGAGCGCAACAAGGAGAAGGAGAACUCCCUGAGUUACAGCAGUGACUCAGAAAACAAGAGGAACUCAGUUAAAGAGUCAGAUGAGAACAAAGAAAACAUGAUCAUGAACUCAGAGCUCAAGGAAGACACUGUUUUUUAUCAGGAUGAGGAAGUUUUGAAUGACUCCAUUAUUUCUGGUACUUUGCCAAGAAAAUGCAAGAAGGAACUGCUGGCAGUAAAACUACGAAACAGACCAAGUAAGCAGGAGCUGGAAGACAGGAAUAUUUUCCCGAGGAGGACAGAUGAGGAAAGACAGGAAAUCCGGCAGCAGAUUGAAAUGAAACUCUCAAAGCGACUCAGCCAAAGACCCGCUGUUGAGGAGCUGGAAAGAAGGAAUAUCCUUAAACAACGAAAUGAUCAGACGGAGCAGGAAGAAAGAAGGGAAAUCAAACAGAGACUGACAAGAAAGCUUAACCAGAGACCUACAGUGGAUGAACUGAGAGACAGAAAAAUCCUGAUUCGAUUCAGUGAUUAUGUGGAGGUGGCAAAGGCACAGGACUACGACAGGAGAGCAGACAAACCAUGGACACGACUCUCAGCAGCAGACAAGGCAGCGAUUCGGAAAGAGCUGAAUGAGUACAAAAGCAAUGAAAUGGAGGUACAUGCAUCCAGCAAACAUUUGACAAGAUUUCACAGGCCAUAGAAAUUUUCUUCUGAGAAGAAUCUGUCUUUACUUUUUGAUAUUGCUGCUGAACACCCAUCAGGGAAUAUCUGAGCCUUUCCCUCGAGUUCAGAGCAGGAUCCCUCGGUGUUUGUGUGCAGGAAGGACUCUGAGCUGAGGUCUCUGCAGCACUUACGGACACAGAGCCCAGGGCUGCCCCUCGCUCUGCAGGCAGGAGAGCCACGGCCUGGGAUUGGGACGAGCUGCUGGCAAAGACUGAAGCAAAGCUACUUGGAAGAGCCUCCUACUCUCCUUCCACACUUGGUUGGAACUGUUUUGCAGCCUGUCUCGGAGGAGGAGAUGUUGUGCAUGUACAGGCUUUACCAUUCCAAGGCCUCUGACAUAAACGGACGUGACACGCUGUCAUCCAGUAUUAUGUUGACGAGACAUUUUGAACUUACCACAAUUAGUUUGUAAAACACUUAAGUUCAUGUUCUAAAAACUAAUUUAAUGUAUUAUAAUUUCAUUCUUUUUUAUAUAAUGUCUAACAGAAUCACAGCUGCAAGCAUUUUUGAUUCCUGUUACUUUUGUUCUUUAAUUAAAUGACUACUUAUUGCAGGAAAUGAA